CGGAACAGGCCACAGACUUUAUUGAGGCCACAUUGGAUGGUCUGCUGUCUGCUAGCCCCACCUGUGCCAUGGCAGCUGGACUGUGGAUGAAGAUCAUCCUGAAGGAGUGUGGAGAUGCCACGCUGGACAAGGUGCCAGAUAUCCUGGCUAUACUAUAUCGCCACAUGCCUACUAUCCGGGAGGGCAGCUUGAGGCAGUUCCUGGCGGAGGCAGUGUCCUUUCUAGAUCACCAUCACCGAGAGGCAGUGAUCUCCAGCCUCCUCAGCAAACAUCUGCCGAUGGACAGGCUUUCUAUCAAAGCAUUAGAGUCUGUGCUUUUCAAGAGUGGGAAUGAGAGACUGGUGAGAACGCUCAGGAAGCAGAGAACAUGGAUUCUUCUGGAAAACCCCAAGAGUCACCAUGAGGGAGUGUGUCUGCUGGUGAGUCUUCUGCUAAGAUCUGGACUCAGAACACCUGAGAUCAUACAGAGCCUCCUCCCCUGGGUGAAUUCCCCCACAGAAAACCACCGCGUCACCAGCACAGCUUUCCUUGCCCAGGAAUGCAGAGCUACGUUUCACUUCUGUGCCCCGUUUUUGGGACUGAAGAGGCUCCAAACUGCAAUUAAUGAACACCUUGAUGGCACAGCUGCGCUGAAGCCUGAAGAGCUCCAGGUGGACAUUUGCAGACACCUUGCCAAAGAGAAUGUAGAGCUGCUGGAGAACUUGUACAAAAUCACCAUCACGUACUUCUGUAGCAGCUGGGAAGAGAUCUGGGCAGUUGCAGCUAAGUUAGCUGGCAUCAUCCUGGAACACACAGACACGCAGCGUAUGAAAUGGCUGGACCUGGAACAUUUGCUGAUGUCUCUCCAGGUCCUCGAGAAAAACCCAAGUCCCUCUGUCCAGCUGGUGGCAACUGAGAUCAUAAGUGACAUCUGUCCUGGCAGAGUGCUUGGGGAAUGAAGCGGAACGGAGACAAACAGAACAAGGCGCUCCAGUAGUAUAAAGGCCCUACCAUCAAUCAAACGUUAACCCCACCCUUGGCCCCGUAAGCCCUGCCCACUGGUCACUGGAAGUUCCAAGCCAUGGGGUAUUACUUCCAAGGUCAAGGGGGAAACAUGACCGGAAGCAAGGUGUGUCAUGUGACCCCUCUAAGAACUCCUCCCACUGUCCUCUACCAAUCGGGAUGGGUUUCGCUCUGAUAGGAAUGCCCCAAGAGAAGAUUUGACCAAUCAGGGGGAGUUCCGGGGCAGGGUGAUCUGUCUGGAAGUGAUUCGUGUGACCCCUCUAAGAAUUCCUCCCACCACUUUCUACCAAUUGCAAUGGGUUUUGGCUGCAGAGGACUGUCCCGAGAAGAGAUUUGACCAAAAUGGGGCAGGUUCUCCGACUGGGUGAACUACCCAGAAGAGGGUCGUGUGACCCCUCUAAGAACUUGUCUCAAUGCCCUCUGCCAAUCAGAGUGCAGCACCAUCACCCCAUAAGUCCCAGCACCAGGCAGAGGAAGCCAUCUCUUACCAAGAAGACAUGUUUUAGAAAUUGUGGAAAGGCUGAAAAGAAACAUGGACUCCUUUACCACCCCGUGAGAACUUCUAAUUUUGUUUUAGUCCCAAGGACCUUUGGAGUUGUGUGGAGAAAGCGCUACGGCAGUGACAGUUCCGAGGAGGGCCCUUUGACUCAACCGUUGAUGGAUACGUCGGAACCCGACCCCAAAAUCCAAACCUUUGUGAGGUACCCCGAUGAGUGUGACAGCCUCUCAUUGUUCACCCCCUAAAGUUGGAAGGCAAUUGUGGCUUGGGGGAGUCACAAGGUGAAUGGGAAAGACAUGGCUCAGGUAAAUGAAUGAUUAAGAAGCGACGGUCGAUCAUGGGGGUGUAAUGGGGUUAAGAAUCAACCUGGCAUUGCAUAAAUCUAAAAACAGGCAGUGGGGUGCUUACACUGUUUUUUUUGUCUGAAAAUCUCUCAACAGCUCGAUGAUGCCUUUCUAGAGGCCUUUGAGAAGUUACACAUCGGUAGCCAUGUGGGAGUAAAUCUAUCGCGCAUCAGCUGUUUUUGCUCCUGUCUGAGACACAGAUCUCGAGGAAAAUCCAGAAAAGGACAAAAAUGGAAAAAUGAACCAGCUCAGACUCCCUCAUGGUAGGGGUCAUGGAAUCCUUUUUUACAGGCGGCUAUAAAAGGUUGUGUUAAAUCAGGCGAUUAAUAAAACUUAUUUAAAUGUGUCAGAAUGAAUGUGUCCCCCUCCAUACUUGUGUUCGUAAAAGACAGUUCCAGGAACAGUCAUGUCUCCACAGACGGUUCUGUUAAAGAAAAUCUAUUACACCCCCAGGGAAGUUGGAGGCUUUGGCAGGGUGAAUCCUCUUUUUCAAGUGGAUCAAAAAGCAUC